AUGACUUCGAUCGUACCCUCAACUCCAAAUCCCGAUAUUGUCAAAGAACGUCAAAAUGCCAGCUGUAACAGUGAAGAGUUGGCCCAGUGGUUCCAUGGUGGUGCCGAUAAAUUAAAAAAUAAACGUGAAAUUGAACACGUACUUUUCAAGGACCUUGAAAAGGGUUAUGGCUUGAAACAUGAAUAUCUCGAUCACGAGGGUGUCUAUAAUCGUGCUGUGGAACAAGUAGCAAUUGCUGCCAAAAAAUUAAAGAAAUUACAAAAGGAAAGAAAUCCUGGAGGCAAUGAUAUAUGGCCCAAGGGCCUAUAUGAUGUCUGCAGUCAUGGUUUGUUCCCAGCCAAUAGCCCCGUCUCAACACACAUUACAAUGUUUGUGGAUGUCAUCAAGGGUCAGGGUACCCCGGAGCAGGUAGAGAAAUGGGCCAAGGCAGCUGAGAACUGUAACAUCAUUGGUACCUAUGCUCAAACGGAAUUGGCCCACGGCACCAAUGUCAGGGGUAUUCAAACGAGGGCCGAUUAUGAUCCCAAAACACAGGAGUUUGUUUUGAACACACCCUGUUUGCAGGCCUACAAGUGGUGGCCUGGUGGAUUGGGUCACACUGCCAAUCAUGCCAAUGUGGUGGCUCAGCUUUACAUUAACGGCGAACACAAGGGCAUACAAAUGUUCAUUGUGCAGGUGCGUGACUUGGAGACCCACAUGCCAAUGCCUGGUGUAGAUAUUGGAGAGAUUGGUAAAAAAGUUGGUAUGGCUGCUGUAAAUCAGGGUUUCUUGGGUUUGAAGAAUGUUCGCAUACCUCGUGAAAAUAUGCUUAUGAAAAAUGCCAAAGUUAUGCCAGAUGGUACAUUUAUUGAAAGUCCUGUAUCGAAGCUGUCCUAUAUGACAAUGGUGUAUACAAGAUGUUUGAUUGUUAAUCUGGAUGCUUCGUAUUUAUUGGAGGCUGCCACAAUUGCCACACGUUAUUCGGCUGUGAGGAGACAAAGUCCCAUUAAUCCAAAUGACCCUGAACCCCAAAUUAUGGAUCAUGUGGCCCAACAAUUGAAACUGUUCCCCGAAAUUGCCACCGGCAUUGCCUAUCACCUAUCGGCCGAACACAUGUGGGAAUUGUAUCAUCAAACUGUGGAUGAAAUCAACAAUGGCCAAUAUUCUCGCCUUCCUGAAAUGCAUGCCCUGUCGUGUGCCCUUAAGGCCCUAUGUACGACAGAUGCCUGUGCUGGUAUUGAACGCUUGCGUCUUUCAUGUGGUGGUCAUGGUUUCAUGGCUGUUGCCAAUAUUGGUAAUAUUUAUGGUAAUGCCGUGGCGGCCUACACCUAUGAAGGUGAAAACACCGUACUCCUGCUACAAAUUGCCCGUUUCCUGGUGAAAUCAUGGUCAUAUUUGAUUGAGGGUAAAAAAAUGUUACCCAGUGUAGAAUAUUUGCGCAAAGGCCAGGAGAAGGAUUCGUUCCCCAAAUGGAAUGAUAGCUGGCAAUGUAUUGUAGAGGCUUUGAAAUAUACCGCUGCCCAUAAAACUCGCAUAGCUUUUGAAAGCUUCUCGGAGAGAAUGAUGGCUGGACAAACACAACCCGAGGCAUUUAAUAAUAGUAGUAUUGAAUUGCUGCAGGCAGCUGAGCUCCAUGGUCGUCAAUUUGUCGCCGAAAUAUUCUGGCAACAAAUCACCGGUCCUAAAACUGCCAAUCUGUCGAAACCCACCAAAGCCGUUUUGGAACAAUUGGUCGAGCUGUACUUGGUCCAUACCGCCUUGCGUCAUAUGAAUGAUAUUUUACGUUUUAUCCCCUUAACGGAGAGCGAUGUAAAAUCCCUGCAAAAUCGUUUAGAGGCUGCAUUGAAAAAAUUACGUCCUGAAGCUAUUGCUAUUACCGAUGGUUUUGAUUUCCCCGAUGGUGUUCUCAAUUCGGUUUUGGGUGCCCAUGAUGGUAAUGUUUAUGAGCGUAUUUUCGAAGCUGCCAAAAUGAGUCCAAUGAAUCAGAAACCCGUACAAGAUUCAUUCGAGAAGCAUUUGAAACCAUUGAUGAAAUCGAAAAUGUAG